UGAUGAAAAUCUAACUGUGUUUACCGAAUCUUAUAAUUUGCAAAGAUAUACAGGUGCAUAGCUUCUUCGAGAGAGUAACUUGUGUUAGAAUCAUAUAAUAAGCUGUUAGGGAUAAUGCUGUCAGCUUUUGUAAAACAGGGAUGCAAAUAGAAAGGUGUGCAAAGUUAGGGAGGGGAUAUUCUCUAAUAAUGGUAAUCUUGAAACUUUAAUUUCCAUACCUUAUAUAGAAAUAGGAAAGAAUAUAGGCUCCUUUCAGUACUUAAGAAUGUCUGUUGCCCAUGUUAACAGUGAGGUUCUGUACACAUUUGUUCAGAACUAAGUCCCUUUGAGCUCACAGUGAAUGUAGGAUUGUGUCCUAAAUUUUUAAAAUUCCAUAUGCUUUUUCUUCCCUUAGACAUUGGUUUCCUUUGAUAAUACUCAUAUUUUAAGAUAAUAUGUAGUAGCUCAAUUCAUACUAUUAAAUUACAGUAUAAUCUUAUGCAUGUUUAUUUGGAAGUAAUUUCAUUAUCAUCACUGCCUAAUAAGUAUGUGUGAACAUUACAGUCUUUUUUAUCCCAAAACAAAAGACAUAUUUCUUGUGUAAGAAGUAGAAAGAAUCAAAGCAGAUCAUUUAAAACUGAGCUGUUUUCUAGAAUGCAAAGGAAGCAUGCUCAAUCAUGUUAAUUCUCCAAAUCUGGCCCUUUGCACCUGAACUUAUUUGCUGUAAUUAAAACAGCAUUUCCUAAUUCUUGCUAAAGUAAUAAUCCUUUUAUAACCAUGGUGAGCAAUUAUUGAACAUACAUCUAUAUUGAUAUUUUUAUUUUUUCUCAGGCAUUUGUAUUUCCUUAAAACAGGUAUUUAAACAUGUACAAAAGAUUAGCUAUAAUGUCUCUUUAAAGUACGAAGCAAUGGCUUGCUUUGUAGUUUUAUACUGAAUUAUGUUCCGUACACUGUCAUCUUUGUUUAAGACUGUAUUAAGAACAGUCUGAGGCUCAGGGGAGAGGAUUGUCAAUUGCAAGUACAUCUGAGAGUUAUAGCUGGUUAUGACAAGAAGGCAGUUCAGAGGUAACUUGCUGGCUAAAAUAGGCCUCUGUCUUGAUUUUUGGAAAAGCUAGGAGAUAAUGCAUAGAGUUUCUGUUUGAGUAGAUAUGUGUGCUUAGAGUUUAUUUGGAUGAGUCUCUAGAUAUUUAGUGCCUGUCUCAGGGACAUCAUUUUCACACUUCCAAUGCCUGAUGGAAAGCAAAUGUAUUGUCUGAUAGUGGACUGUAAGUUUUGGUGUUCAUGUCCUAGUGCUACUAUGUAUAAGAAGGCUAAUAAUCUCUGUACACAGCUGCUUAAAUUAUUUCAGGUCAUGAUACGUGUUCAGAUCAUCAUUUGUGUUACUAUCCCAGUUUUUGUGAGCAUUUGUAGUUUUAGUUUGAAAUUCUGUGAUUUACUGAGAAAGUAGAUACUGAUAUUUUACUGCAUUUGGACAGAAAUUUAAAAGAUGUAGGUACAUUCAUAGGAAACGCUAUUAUAAUGCUUCUGCAUGCUUAUGGCAUACAGAUUGACAUACAUAAAUGCUACAGACUGGGGAAAGAUGAACCUACCUGCCAAGGGGGAGAUACAGCUUCUCUCUCCCCACACCCCUACAGCCCCGGUUUCUCCUUGGGUGCACUUUCCCCCUUUCUGUGUAAACAAGAUAUGAAGGAAAUGACUAAGCUGUGAAGGUUAAUCACCUAGUCAUCCAGAUUAUUUUUUGAGGUAAAGUACAAAAACAUUUUUAGAAGGUCCAAAGUAUAAUUGUGUUGGUGGUAUUUUAUCUUGAUAGUGUUGUACCUAGCAGUUUGAACUUCAAAUUGAUCAGUUUUAUGAGGUUUCAGAAGUGAUGUUUGCUUCAUUUGUAACUCCCAUAAAUUACCAGGUAUAACAAGCAUUGUAUCUGUCUUUCCUUGGGCUUUCUUUUAUUUCAUAAAUGAAGGAUUUAUGAAUUUAUUUAGAUUUAAAAUUUAGUAGGAGGGAGUAUAGGCCUCGAACAAAGAUUUGAUUUAGGGUGGUAGGAGUGGAAAAGAGAUCUGCUUGUGACUUUAGAGACUGUAUUCCAGUAUUAUUGUCAGAUAGUGUGAUAGUAGUGUGUCAAAUAUGUAUGGAUGGUAUCUUUGGUCUGAUUCAUUGUAAGACUGCCUUCUCCAGCCUGGUGCUCUCAAGAUUCUUUAGACUGCAACUUCUAUCAACUUCCACUGGAACAAUUAAUAGUUGAUGGCAGUUACAUUCUAAAAUGUAGGGAAGGCUGGUAUAAAGCAACUGAAGUAAGAAGUGGGGUGGUAAUAUUAUUGGUGUUAAUGGUUUGUGGCUGGGCUGAAGUAUAAUUAUAUUAGUAUUUUAUAUGAUCACUUUGUCUAACUUUGUUCUAAAGCAUUUUAUGAUGAUAAUUGAGGAAGUAAAGUAAAAGUGUAACUGUACUCUUGAUAGUAAAUGCUUUGAAUUUUAGUAACAAAGUGGUAGUUAACUAUGGUUGAAAUGGUUCUUUAGGUAAAAUUGUAAUGUAGCUAAAGUUCAGCUACAGAUCUUAAAGUGUACAGAAUAUUUGCUUAAUUCUUUCCUUAGCAAAAUUCAUGUUUAAGAAAGAGUUCUCUACUGUUCAGAUACCACUUACUGUAAUUUCCUUGACUCAUGCUGCCAAAAGUAAGAUUAUUUGCUUGAAUGCCAAAUCUACAGGUUAAGUUUGAAAUAACUGUUUUGCCAUUUUGCUAGUUAACACGUAUUUGUGCUUUAUGUAUUGUGAUAAAAAGUGCUUUAAUAACAGGUGUCAUGCCAUGGUUAUCCAGAUUUUAAUCUGUACAUUUUAGUGAAGAGAUAUGUCUGUGGGGUAAAUCGCAGACCAAAAGAGUAGCACUUAAUUCUAGUUUUGAUUCCUGUUGAUGUGUUCUUGAAAGCUGGCUUUGUUAGUAGUUGGUGUGAGUCUUAUUAGUUUGGAACAUUUGGAGGAAGUACAAGGUCAGUUUCAGUUCACGUCUGAUACCUUGAAUUAGUAAACUUCAUAAUGCAGGGAUCAAAUUACCCAGGCUUUAUUUUUGUUGUUGCUACUAGUAGUAAUUCAAAGUAAUUCACAGACAUAUUUUAUGUUACCUUUUACAUGAACAUUUCUGCCAGUGCAGUAUUCAAGUUUAUCUGUAGUAGCCUUCCUAGAUAUAAAGUAGUGACACACACAGUUUUCAUAGAACCAGAUUUUAAAAUAAGUAAUAAUUCCAUGAAGUUGGAAUACAGAACUUGAAAUUGGACUUCAGUGAUGAAGAUAAAGAUUUUCAUCAAGUUUGGAAAAAAUGCACAUGCAAAGAAAGAAGGUGGCUAUUUCCUGUUGACUCUUUCUUGACAAUUCGUUUGUAUGUGAUAUUUCCUGUUAUUAGUGCACGUGCCAAUAUUGGGGUUUAGCUGUUAGUUUUUCUUUUCUAGCAGUUCUACUAAUAAACACCUGAAACAACUUUUAAACAUGCUAGUUAAAAUGUGCUUGACAGUUAACACCCUUGCUUUCCUAAAUUGAUGAUAGUCAUGCUAGUUUCUGUGAUCUUGGCUAAAAGCCAGUUUCAUGGAGUCUUGUUUGUAGGGCUUCCUGGUUGCACAGUACCAGAUGUGCAACCAAACCCAGACUUUGGAGUAGAGAAAAAUGUUGAAGUAACAAAUGCACAAAAAGCACAAUAUUUGAAGGGAUAUGGUACACAUGCUGUACCUGCAUUGCACUUGAUGUUGUAUGUGCUGUUGUUUUCACACCUCUAAAGCAAAAAUAUUCUCGCAUUGUGUUGGCUAUAAGGGGUCCACAUGUGUGCAUUUUAAAGGAAAAAGCUGCUUUACAUACAAGUGGCUACUGAGAAAAUGUUUGUGCUAUCUGUACCUUUAUAUACAACAAAUCCUAUGUAGUUGCCCUCAUACUAGAAGUGGCUUUGGAUAUGGUGCGUGGCUAUUUUAAUAUUUCCCUUUCUUGUGCAACAUCUUCUGAUUAUGAAUUAAACCCCUGUCUUGGAACCUUCUCAUGCUUAUAGUCUCAAACAUGUGCUAAAAAUAGGCAGAAACACCUUUUUAAAGAUACUGGUUUUUUUGGUUAAACAAACAUUUGCCAGAUGGUAUAUUCCAAAUUAUAUACAUUGAACUUGGUUCAAAGUAUCCUGAGUAGUCCUGAGUAGUUGCAGCAUUCAUAUAUCUUGUCAGAAUGCAGCAAGUGUUUUAACUUCAAAACUAAUUCUUAGCAGCAUGGAUUGGUUAGCUUAUAUGCUUAUUACAAUUGUCUUGUGAUUCUAAUUCUUGUGAAAAAUACGCCACAUUUCUGACUGUGAAGUGUUCUAGGUUGUUCAGAUUACCUUUGGGGAAGGUCCAAUAUAUAGUCAUGGGGCAGCAAUGCUUCUGGACCAAAUUCCAGAAUCUUUGACCAAGAAGGUUUUUGUAAGUUAUUUCUGUUUGGUUAUUUUGAUUUCCAUUGUUUAGUAAAACAUUUUUGUCUGUGGAGAAAUUAUGCUGAGGUGAGAGGUCUGAGAGAAAGUGUAAUUCUGUGACGGUGCGCAUCCACAUGUAGCCUCCAACACAUUCUUUGUAGACUGCUGUGGGUAGCUUGACCCUGUUCUUGCCUAAUUCCCAACCUGAGUAAUUUUGAUCAAAACACUGGUGAGUUUGUCUGCAUGCACAUGUUAUGCAUCCCUUUAAUGUAGGAAAAGCACAUGUGGAUGUUCUGUUUCUUGAUCACUGAAAAGCCAGCUGAAACGCCUCCCAUUUUUGCAUUUAUCAUGUAAGUAUUCAGAAUAUUUACACUUAAACAAAUGAGAUUAUUCUGAGUAAAACAGCUGCACUGAAUUUUUCUUCCUUGUAAGCACUGAACUCAAUUCUAAUUCUUAUUAAGAGGGGACCUAACUUGAAAAAGGUUGGCCUGGACCAACUUGCCAGAGAUAUAAGUAGAAAAAAAAUACCAGCUUUAGUGUGCAGUGUAUUUGUUUUGUUUUAGCAAGGUGUAGAGGAAUAAAUUCUGUCAUCUCUGUCCAUCCAUCUAUUUCUAUUUUCUAGUUAGAUUUUAAAAUCAUAUUUGUCUCUUGCUUCCUCAUCUUUAUUGUUUUCUUUCUGGUGUUUCCUUCCCCCUCAUUUUGUCUCCUGUGUUAAAUUUAAACCCUUUUUUUAUACUUCAUCUUCAAUUCUCAGUUCUUAAUUCUUCCCUUCAGUAUUACAUUGUGUUUCCUCUUUUCCCAUCAUAUCUGCAUACCUGAUUUCUUGCAUGUUGACCACACUGCCAUUGGGAUGGAAUGGAUGAUUGGACAUGUGCUGUGUGCCAGUGAGUGCAGCCAUUUUUUAAUGUUCAAAACCCAGCUGCAGCUUGUCAUGUCAUGUGAACUCAGGAGCUGUAGGUUGUACAAGGGUUAAACAACUUAUAUAGCCCAUAUUCUCUGUAUAUGUACAAUACAGCAAGCCACAGGUGGGAAUUCAUUAGGCAAAUCCUACCAGGAAUGCAUUGUUGCCCACCAUAGCUUUUGAUCAUGAUAGCCCACUGUAGUUUAGUUUACCCAGGGGGGUGCUAGUGUCAUGCUGGGCACCCAUGAGUGGGCAGUUUGCUAUGUCAUACAGACCCAAAUAGCAGGGAAUGUUUGGGGAUUAAGAAACCCAAGUUUUUGAGGUUAAUUGAGGGUUAUCUAACCCUCAAACAACUCAGCCAUCUGAAUUGGUAUGACAUGAAAAACCAUGGGAAGGUUGGUGCCCAUGGGAGCUGUGUAAAAGUUGCUCUUGGCAUGAUUUGCCCAGUUCCCAUGGGCAAUUUAAGUCAUAGUGAGCUGUUAUGAUAUGCAGACCGGCCCUUUUUGCUCAUUUCUUCUCAGUUUGUUUGAAUGUACGUUAAAUGCUAUGUUGAUCCAGGAAAACUGCUUCUUAAACUAUUGUGACUAGGACAUGUUUUGUCAUGCAUUUUACAAUUAAAUUACAAAAUGAGAACAUGCAUCUUUGCUUCAUCUUGAAAGCAUGUUUAAAAAACAUGUUAUGGGAAAGACAAGACUUUAAUAGUUUUAAACAUACUAUGAUAUAUUUAAUCAGAUAAUACUGUAGGUUUUGUGUAGGAAUAAAUGAAAAAUGGUUGAUGGUACAAUGGCUUAUUUACUAUGGCAAGUUUUAAUUAGCACAGUGAGGCAAGAGUAUCUUUAGUGUGAAAGGUUUUAUUGCUUUUCAUACUGUUACUUUUUUUCCUUGAUCUCUUGAAAUCCUCUCUACCUUUACUUCUGUUUGUUUUGAGCUUUUUCAUUGUAGCAGAAUUUCAUUGUACAUUACUGUCACUCUUUCCUGAAAUAUGGUGCAUUUCUGUGUAUGUUUCUAAAUCCAUUUAUAUUUUUGUUCCUGCUAAUAUUUGCAGCAUUACCCAAUGUAGUGCCAUCUGUGAAUUUUACUAACAUGCUGUUUACCCUUUCUUCCAGAUCCAGUUUCUGAUCCUACUUCCACAUUUGGGAGUAUGCAGGGGACAAAAACACCUCUUUGCGUAGCUUGACUGGAUGCCCCAAGACUAGGAUGAUUUGAAAGUAUUCUAGAAGGGCUGUUUGGACCUGAAUUAUUAAAAGAUCUGAGUUUGUUUAAAGACUUUGAGCCUGAAGGUGUCUCUGAUUGGUCUUUUGAUGAAAAUUGUCUUUUCUGCUGUCUGAGAAGAGAGAAAGUAAAGGUCCACUGCGGGAUGACACAUGUGUGGAAACAGAUGUCUGGACACACAUCACUCUCAUGGCAUGGCUAAGAAGCUGGGCAAGGAUCCAGCCUCUAAGGAAGUGUAUGGAGUGCUCACUCUGAUCCACAGAUGUCCAAGGAACACCUAGGCAGUCUGGAUGAGCCAGCUUUGGAAGUUGGGCACCAAGCUCUGCUUAGACAAGAGCAAGCAAGGAUCAUUCGAUUUGAGAGGCAAGCAGAAGAAUUCCUCCAUGCAGUCUUUUAUCAAAAAGACAGCCCUAGGGUCUCGGACCCCAACAUUCCCCUAGUGGCCCGUGAGAUCAUGCAGCGGAUGAUCCGACAAUUUGCUGCUGAAUAUACCUCAAAAACUAGCUCUACUCAGGACUCCAGCUCGCCCAAUAGCACAAAGAACCAAAGCCUGCUGAAAGCAUCUCUGGUUGCCUCAUCCCCUGUGGGUGCAACGGCUCAAAACCCUGUGCUCAGCAAACUUCUCAUGGCUGACCAGGACUCGCCCUUGGACCUCACUGUCAGAAAGUCUCAGUUGGAUCCUAGUGAACAAGACGGUGUGCUUGAUUUGUCCACUAAGAAAAGCCCAUGUGCAGGCAGCGCCUCCUUGAGCCAUUCAGCUGGCUGCUCCACUACUCCUGGGAAUGGGCGACCUGGGAGACCCAGCCAGCACCAUGCAGAGGGACUUCGGAGUGGUGAUGGGGUGCCCCCGAGAAGUUGGCAGGAUGGAACAAGGGAAGGGUCUGGCCACUCCACAUCUCUCAAAGUUCCAUUGGCUCGAUCACUGCAGAUAAGCGAAGAACUGCUGAGCAGAAACCAGCAUACUACAGCUGCCAGCCAUGCACCAUCUGGGCUGCAGAAUCACGGACAGCACAUGAUACUAUCCAGGGAGGCUUCUUGGGCAAAACCACACUAUGAAUUCAACUUCACCCGAAUGAAAUUCAGGGGAAAUGGUGCACUCAGCAACAUCAGUGACCUUCCUUUUCUUACAGAAAACUCAGCCUUUCAAAAAAUGGCACUUCAUACUAAACAGGAUGGGAAAAAGGACAUGAGCCAUUCAACUCCUGUGGAUUUAAAGAUACCACAAGUUCGAGGCAUGGACCUUUCGUGGGAGUCCCGUUCUGGCGACCAGUAUAGCUAUAGCUCUUUGGUGAUGGGUUCACAAACGGAGAGCGCGCUUAGUAAAAAGUUAAGGGCUAUCCUUCCGAAACAAAACAGGAGGAGCUUGCUGGAUCCCGGACCAGAUUCCUGGGGCUCAGAUGCUGAGCAAUCUACCUCUGGACAGCCAUAUCCCACCUCUGAUCAGGAGGGAGAUUCUGGCUCUAAGCAACCUCGGAAGAAAAGAGGCAGAUACAGACAGUACAACAGUGAAAUAUUGGAGGAAGCGAUUUCUGUGGUGAUGAGUGGGAAAAUGAGCGUCUCCAAAGCUCAGAGUAUUUAUGGGAUUCCCCAUAGCACCCUGGAGUAUAAAGUGAAAGAGAGGCUGGGCACUUUGAAAAACCCUCCAAAGAAAAAAAUGAAAUUAAUGAGGUCGGAGGGGCAGGAUGUCUCUGUAAAGCUUGAGAUAGAUCCCCAGGGAGAGGCAGCACAGAGUGCGAAUGAGUCAAAGGAUCAUUAGGGAUGUUGUAGAGUGCCAAUUACAUAAUAAACUGGGUGAGCACUACGGCAUUAUUCAACUCCUGCUCUAUGUACCCAACUCCUCUUCAGUUACUGGGUGCAGGACAUGCUCCUUUGCAGUUCAGCAGAGACUUGUGUGGACACAGGGGAAAAGGGGUGCUCUGAAUGUUGCAUACUUGUAAAUUUUCUGGCCCAGUAUGGCUUGGAGCCCUUUUUGUGUUUUGUUUUGGUUUUGUUUUUUGGCCUUUUGCAUGUUUCUCUAAUGUUCUAUAGAGAAUUGAGUUACCUCACAAAGAAUGCAGACAUGGAAGUGGACUGCUUGCCUCUUGAGCCUGCAUGGACUUUCGGUUCUUUUAUUGGGUUUGCUUUUUUCAUAUGGCCUUUAACAAAAACAAAAAACAAAAAAACACAACUUUAUUGAACUCUAGUACCAGACUUUUGAAACAAAACUGGAUCGUUGCUUUAUAAUUAGAAUUUCAUUUCGUGGAUCCAGUGGGUUUGAAAGAAAAUAUUAACUAAUGACUGGUCAGAACUCAGAAAUUGGUGGUUGGAUUUCUAGUCAGUUGGGUCUAAUUGGAGUCAUUUUGUUUUAAAUUCUACUCCUUUACCAUUUGCAAUCUGCUUAGUGCUCACCCGGCGGGGAGGGUGGGAUGGGGGAACUUUACAUACACUACCUUCAGAAUGCUUUGGUUAAUUCCUUUUGAACACUACCUUCACUGUAAUUUUAUUUGCUCUUUAUUAUAAAGGUAAGAGUUGGACUUGCCUGCUUGAGGAUGUAGCCUUAUCUCAACAAACUCCUUGUAUUCAGGAGCAUCAGGGUACACUGAAUGAUACAUUAGGGUAUUCCUCACUUUAACAAAACAUGGCUUUCUGUGAGCUACAUGCUUUUAACAGACUGAAUUUUGAGUUUGCUAAAACUGUUGUUCCAACAACUUUUUUUUUUUUGAAAAAAACCUUCUGUGGGUUAGGAAUAUGUAUAACAGCUUGCUGUAAUCUUGGGCAAACAAACAAAAAAACCCUCAUAAAACCCACUAAUAUUUAAACAUUACAACCUCAGUAGUCUGCCUAAAUAGUCAUGUAAAUGAAGGAUCUAUGUUAAUGUUCAGGGAAUAAAUUUUUACAAAUUUUAAUAAAACACAUGAUCAGAUCAUUCUGGUCUGGCUUAGGCUGAGCAUCUUAUCUAGCUGUAACACUGUCAGGGUUGAACACCCAAUGGGUGUUUCCUUUUUAAAUACUAAAGUUGCCAGUAGCAGGAAAUGUUCUUGCGUAUUCUGAAUUGUUGUUUUUGUUUUGUUCACUGUUGCUUUAAUAGUGGACUAGCACACACUCACAUAGACAGAUCACCACUAGCACUCCUAAAUCCACAGUUCGGUCUUUUUAGUUACAGAGGCAUCUAAUCAUUCUUGCAUGUUAAGCUUUAAAUAAAGCUUUCUGAACUUGCAGCUUCACUAAAUCAGACUUAUUGGUUCCUCGGGUAGAGAGACAAUUUGAUCUUAGCUGUGCAAAAGAUGAAUAGGACUCCAUUCUCCUGCUUUGCACAACCAAAAGAGGCAAUGGAAUUUGUAUAUGAGACAACAUUAAGCACUGUUCUUGGUUAGGUCUCUUGUGUUAAUGACUGGAAGUGGAUGCUACGAUUCAUAGGAAAAAGGCCCAGAAUAGCCCCAGGGGCUGCUGCUUGAAUUUUGGGGCAAUUAAUUAAAUUGGCCUUGAUUGGUUGAUUGAAUACAGUGGGUUUCUGGGAUGCAAAGGUUAGGCACACCAUUGCUGUCAUGUUAAAUAUGCACUUCUCAUUCCUGAGAGAUUGGGCUUUUAGCCCAAAUAUGCUUUGUACUACUGUUGUUAGACUUCUUUGUUUUGAUAGCUUAAUGUAUUUCCAUACUCAAAAAGCAGAGUUCCCUUAGCUUAUCUAGUUGUCAUCUCAGUACAGAAACCUGUUUGAAGCUCCAUAGUGGUGUAGAAACUCUGCAAUAUAAUCCAGUUUCACUGGAAAUUGCAAUAAAAAUGCACUGUUUUAAAUUUGUGGUUUCAUCUGCUAUUGAAAGUGUGGGAGAAGGUUUGCUGCAAGCUAGAAGUGAAACACUUGCAUAGAGUUUUACUGUCAGAGGUUUAACCUUUUGUGGCUGUUUUUAUUUAAGUGAUGUAUGAGUUGGGUUCUAUAAAACCUUGUCAUAGUGUAUGUGGUGUGCUCAUUUUACUUAUCUAUAUAUUUUCUAUGUGUAUCAUUAAGUGGAUGACAAUCGUGCAGCAGAAAAAUGGUGUGCCUACCCUUUAAUGCUGCAGUUUAGAAAGAGAACUAAUUGUAUGUCAUUUCAGACCAUAGGUUGAGAACUGUAAAUAGAUAGCGAUAGUUGCAUAUUCUUACUGCUUUGGUUAGAAAAUGAAUUAAACAACCAAACAUUUAAUUUUCUCAGAUUAAAAUCCUGGGACCUGACGAUUGUAAGAUUCCUGUCUGCAAAUCUUUGGCAUAUAACAUUUAAUAUCUGUGAUCACUUCCUAUUCAGGUAAAAUUUCCCAGAAGCUUUGGAGCAACCAUAUUUCCUCAAAGGUCUCUGUUUAAAAAAAAGGAAAAAGUAGGUUAUUUUUAAAGCACUAUUUGCAUUACUUUGGUAAUUGCAAUAUAAAAUAGCCAUUAUCGUUUUGUGAAGCAUGAUUGAAAUUAGUUAGUUGUCCCUUUCUAAAGUUUCAGAAGCCUCUCAAAAAUAAACAAAAAGCUGCUGAAUAUUCAAAAGAUAUAAAUAUAUCUAUAUUUUAUCUUAUUGUAGGUUUUGUAAACUUAGUCUGUAAUAUUCAAGUGCACCUUUUUAAUGUUAAACUUUUGUUCUAAGAUUUCAUCUCACUUGUUUUUUCCAAGGUGGCUCAUCCUGUGGCUGUAUCUCACUCUAGAUCCCUAAGUGAUCCACUGAAGUCAGACUGCUCUGACAAGCGCCUUUGGUGUAGCUUUGAGUAGUAUUUGGGAGCAUCUUACCUGUAGAAGAAAUGGAAUCAGUGUUUAUCCAUUAGCAUGCUUAAUUUUCUGCUGACCAGAAGUUUGCAUGGCCAAAAUCCCCAACUGACCAUAGUUUGAUGUGGGAAGAUGUGAUUUGCUGCUGUCUUUGUAAGAGAAGCCUUGUUUUCUCCUGUUUCCAGUAAAUGGAUGCUCAUGUAAACUUGUGCAAGAGAUAGGCUUUAGGCCUUGUUUUUUCCUGCUGUUUUUUGAGGGUAUGUUAAGGGAACAUAGCCAAGUGCAAUGCUUCAGAAAUAGUGAAGUCUGUAGGAGGAAGAUCUGGGCAUUUUUAUCAUGUGUGUCUAAUCCAGGACCAGAUUUUGGUAGGACUAUAGAAUAUCUGUUGAUGAUAUUGCUUGUACCUGGAUAAUAGAAAGAAACUGUGAACAAUAUUAAGUGGCAGCCUCUGUGUCUACAGACCAAGUAUCAUGAAGGAUAGGUUCUCCCUCUACUCCCAGCCCAGAAGACUAAUGUUAGAGUGUGUGUGUGUAACGUUUAAAAUCAAGUUCACUAUCGUACUGGAAUUUAGAUGUUGCUUGGUGACCUUUUGCUGCAGCAGGUUAUACAGAUGAGUAAGGCUUAGUGUCGUAGGGGUACAAGUGUGGAGUUAAUUAUUGUACAGUUCUGUGGAGCGAGCCCAGUGUGUAGAAAAUGUAUCAGUUUUUUACUUGGACCUGUAAGAUAUAAAAAAUUUUUUCCUGAAAAUUCUGGAGAUCUGAUGAACUAUUACCUCUUUGUCAGCCAUUCUAGAACCUCAUUUCCAGUACUCUGGGCCUUUUCCUUUUCUCUGCAGCUCUCAAGCACGUUAGUUGUAGAGUUUUGGGUUCUUGGCCUUAUUUUAUGAUAAAACCCCUCCAAGCUACCCAAUUCAUUUAAAUAAUCAAAUGAUAGCUCCCCCAGGAGCACUCAAAGUCCUGUUCUUGCAUCAGCCAAAUUCUACCAAUAAUAUGUCCUUGCUUCUGGCUGGUCCCAGGACUUCUCCAUACUGCCUGCUACUCUGCCUCCAAAGGAAAGGCCUAGUCUGAAUGUUUUCUUAAAUAGCUCCUAAUGCAAACCUGGAAUCAUUUAAAUAAGCCUUUACAAAUGAGAUGUAAAUUUUAAACAUGGUAGCAGUACAGGUCUGCUUUGUUUCCUAUGUUAUAUCCCAAAACUUCCUGAGAAAUAUAAGGCAGUUUGAGGGAGCUGUGAUCUCAAAUGGAGACAGUAGUCACUCAGAAACUGUUAGGAGUUAAUUAUGCCAGAUUUUUAAAAUAACAUUUUUUCCAUGGAAAAAGCCUGUAAACACUGGCUGUAAUUCUGAUAUGUUGACAUCAAGUGUUAUAAUAUGCUCUCAGUAAAUUACUCAAAAAUUUCAUUUUGUAAUACCCUUGGUGGUAAGGGAAAGCAGAUUCCCAACCCACAGUAUAUAAUACAUAGAGGAUUAAAUCCUCCUAAAGUAUCUGAGUUUUUAAGAGGUGAAUAAAGGCAUGACACAUACAUGGGUGAGGGAAACAUACUUAGCAUUCCUCUUUCUUAUCCAGAAGCACUUUGCUAGAUUUUUGAAAUGGAAAUAUAAAAGUUUAGCCCCUUUACCCCGAAGGGUUGGUGGUUCAGCUGCUAGCCAGGGCCAACUGAAUGACUUAAGCACCCUUCAAGAGAACAGGUUAGCAUAAAAAUAAAUUUGUUCCUUUGUUUUCAGGCAAGCAAAGCAGAAAUAUUUGUAGGAAGUUAUUGGACACCAUACUUUGAUGUAAGCAUCUUUGCCUUUCCCCUUGCAAUUUCAAAAUUAAAUUGCAGUUUCAAAAGAUUCUAUUUGCUAAUCUCCAUUUUGCCUUUUGUCUGCAAAUUAUACUUUGCGCAAUUGGCUUUUAUUCUAUAUCUGUCCAGUUGCUCUUAAACUUUGAUUUUAAAACUCAUUUGUGUGAUAGAGAUAAUCAUGAUUUCCCUGUUAUCUUUACACAUUGUUUUAGUUUAAAGUUAGUAAUCUUUCAGCCCUACAGAGUCAUGUUGCAGUUUUGUGUCAAUACAAAAUAAUCUAUUUAAUGGAACAAAACUGCUGAAUGUUGUCACAGGUAAACAGCUUAGUAUUGAUGUGAUAUAUACCAGGGUUGGCCAGACUGGCUUGCAAAACAUACUCAGUUUCUGGGCAAUUGUAGAAUAUGAGCAGAAACCAGCUCUCUGUUGGAGACAUUAGAAGUGUAUUCUCUGUUGCAUCAACUUAUACUUUCACAUUAGGAGUAUUAAAAAGAAAAAAAGGAGAACACCGUGAACAUUAUGGGUUGUAUGGGCAAAGGAGCCACGGGCUAGGAGAUAAGUGAGCUUUUGGGAUUUGGAGGUAUAUGGCCUAUGACUCUCUACCCCUGUAUGAUGCUUUAUGGUGUAGAACUUUGGCCCUUUCCUUGCUAAUACAUAAAAAAUGUUUAGUCAGGAUUUCAAAUUUAGUAACUGAACAAAUGUCUUGCAAAGGUCUAAAAAUAUACCGUGGCAUUCUAAUUGGCAGUAACAAGAAUUAUAAUUUUAUCUUUUGAGUUUGUGGAUGAUAUUCUACAGAAUCCAAUCUACAGAAACUCAAGAUAGCACAGAAGGAAAAGCAAUUGGCCUUUGUGACAUCUUGUCUGGCAGUAUCUGGAUUUUAUUUAGGCAAAGGUUAUCAGUGACAUUUUCAGUAUUGCAAAAGUAUCUGUAUCCAGGUAAUAUCCUACAAACUACUGAAUUCUCACAAAUGAUCAUAAAACCCAAUUUUAUUAAUACAAUGAAGAAACUAAUCCCUAGAAAAUCAUUUCCCUGUUUAUACAAUAUAUACUUUAUGAAUCCUCAGUGAGAAGAGAAUUUAUCUGUGUGCCACCAUCCUGUAAUGAUCUAAGUAUUUCCUCUCCCACUCUAAAAUAAUGGACAUGCCACCUCAGCCUCUAAUGUACCUCAGAGUUGGUGCUAUGUUCUUUAGAACCCUACAGGCUUAAUAGAAAUAUGUGUAUUAAUCCUUGCAGACCAUUAAAGCGCUUAUUUAACCUGUUUUUUUUAAAGAAAAGAAACAGAAAAGGGACCUUUCAGCACUUUUACUGUUACAGCUCUAGUCUUAAUUUAUCUGGUCUUCAGAGUCUAAGGUACUGUCAAAGUUUCAAUCCACAAAUGAUUGAUUGCUUUUAGGUCAGAUAAUUUCUGUUGAUAGUAAUCUAUCUUUAAGAAUAAAUAACUCUGUUUUAUAGUGUUCAGGCAGCUUCUGGGCAUACAUGCCUGAUAUUUUAAGUAAACAUUUCAGUAGACCAUUUCAGGGCUUUAAGAUUUGGGAUCUAAAUGGGGGAGGCUAGGAGAAGUUUCCCAAAUGAAGAAUAGUUUUAGACCAUUGUGUAGUGCUCAGUUUGAAAGUAUAUCACUAGGGAAAUGGGUAGGGAUUGUCUCUCUCCCUUUUUGUCUUCAGGGAAUGAGCAGUAUUUAGAAUCUUUGGCUGAAAUUCAAGCCUUUUUACCAUGUAAAUUUUAAUAUAAAUUCACAGACAUGCUUUUUACAUCAGAGGACUGAAAAUGGAUCUUAAUGUUUAAGUUGUCGAAUGGUAUAUUUCUUAAAUGAAGGGAGAAAUUUAAAAAAAAAUUAACUAGAUUAGCAUACCAGCAUUAGUGAUCUUAAGGGAUUUUAGUAUGUAAUAGGAAAGUCUUUGAUUAAAACUCUAAUCUUGAAUUGCUAGUCUGUAACUAGAUGCAUUCUACGUUAGCAGGUGAAACUUAUUUACUUGUUGAGAGAGGGUAGGUGGCGGCUGUCAUUUGCCCUAGCUUUGGAAGAACAGAUUGCAGACGGCAACCUCUUGGAGUCCCGUUUGGUGGUUAUAUCCAUGGGAUUUUUGCUUAUAGCAGCUUACUGCUGCUUAGACAUGUAUAAAUACGUUUUGAGUGUUUGCUCAUAACUCUUUCUAACCUCCACUUGUUAAAUUGUCAGAUGUUGGUAUUUUAUCAGUCCGCAGUGUAAGUUCUAAACUAACCUUCUUAGGAUUCCAGCUUGUACACACACUGUUUGAAAACCCUCAGGGACAGUUUACACACUACCCUCACUCAAUUCAGGUACUUGUACACUAUUCUUAAACCUAGCAGUGACUUGUAUUUUGUUUUUGCUUUUAUUUUGAUGUGCUGAUAGCACAUCCUUGAUGAAUGUCAAUUUAAACUCAGUUCAGGUAUCCAGGUAUAACUCAGCCAAACGGAUUUUAAAGCUGCAUAUUACUCUCCAGCACGCAGUGCCUCAGACACGUAGUGGCAUUCUGUAUAUUCAGUUAUUACUACUGAGCAAGAUCGCAUGGGGGUUCCUGAUAAUUAUGUAUUGUAAGAAAUUUCUAUAUAUAGUAUGUGUAUUAUGUUAUAUACAUAUAUAUUAUAUAUGUAAUCUUAAACGUAUAUAUUUAAAAAUGCCACUACCAAGCCAGCACAGCUAUUGUCAAAUACAUUCCUGGCUGCCUCUGCAAAUGGAGCAGGGACAGCUUCUCAGCAUGGCUGUGGUUUCUCUUUCAUCCCAGGUACUUCUAAACUUAAGCACUGGCCCUUGGGUGUCUGACCUCUACAUUCUAGUUAUGCAAUGUCUCUAGGAAUUCUGUGCACUGGCCACUGUGAUGGAAGCCAAUGGGCCAGAUAGGCUUGAGUUUAUUAGUAAUCCUUCUGCCAAAGUUGGUGCUUUAUGGCAAGAGUGUAAACUUUUCAAAUAAUCAGCAGCAGCACAUACAUCUGGGAGCAGCUGAUCACUCCCGCAUUAUAGCCCUUUUCAGGUGUCUCACCUCUUGUGCCAUGCACUAGUUAGGAUAUGCUGGCAUUUCACACCUGUAAUGGUGGGUCUGUUUGCUGAACACUAAAGAUUGGUUAUGUGUGUAACACAUUAAAAUAAAGCCUGCUGCUCGCACUGGCAUUAGUUUCAUUGUAAUUGUGCGUCAGCAAUGCCUCUGCUUUAUUAUUUGAUGCUUUACACCUUAGAAAGUUCUAUUUAUGUAGAAUAUGGAAAAUGGCAUUUUUCACAGACCUCUAAAAGUACAAGUGUCAUGGAAAAAUAAAAGCAGGAACCCCCUUUUUAAUCUAUGGACCUCAUUUCAAUAUACUGUUUACAGUUUGACGGAAUUGUAUAAUUUAAUAUUUCUCUUGUACUGUAGUUUGUAUUUAUUUACAGAUUUUUUUGUACUGUGUGAUUUGAACUUUUUUGUUCCUUGCUAUGAUCAACAUUUUAUGUAGUAGAGCACUUAUGAUCACAAAUUAAGGUUUUUGGUUUGAUUGCACUACAUUUAAUUUUUAAUGCAGUUCUGAUUUUUUGACUGGACUUAAUAAGCUGUGUCUUAAUGUAUGUGAUAAGUACUUAUAAAUUUUUAAUUCAUGUGUUCCACUUUUUUUUUUUUUUUUUGCAUUGUAUGUCCAAAAGCGCUGGUUCUCUCGUGCAUGUGUAAGGGUUUAACAGCCCUGUUGUAUUCUUUGGCCAUGUCAUUUUGGAAACACAUUCCCAGCUGUAAUGUGUAUGGUAGUUUUCACUGGAUGCUAGACUUUUCAGAACCACUAUUCUUCUAAUAAAUUUUGUUGUGAAAACUUGAA